UUCGCCGCACCCACUGUGCAAAAAAAGCAUACGCUGUAAGGCGCCAAUGGAAGAGUGUGAGACAGGCGCAAACUAUAGAUACUAUACAGCAGGGAUUUUCUAAUUCUGUCUCUCUUCCUCACACACUCAACGUAUUCCUUUCCCCUCUUUAACAUCAAAACAAAGAAAUUACAACGCCACACUCGAAGUUGGCUUCUCGCGCCGAAACGCUGCGCACGUUUCUGACGCCGCAACAAAGCCGGCUACAAUAUCACCAUCAUAAAGAAGUAGUAAAUCUUGGAAGAUUUUUUUUUUAAUAGAUUAUGUAUUAACGGCCUUAUCAUUCAACUACUAAGAUUAUUAGAAGUAAUCUCGUCUUCAAAGUGCGACGAUUAUCAGUGAUAGCCAUAUAAAGAAAAAUGGCACCGUGGAAGGACCACCAAGAAAAUAUAAAUCCGUUGCAGCAACGUUAUUAUUCUUCAGUAAAAUCAGGUUCGAUGCUUUCUUUCAAUCGUUUCGCACGGCCGCGUCAUACACUCCCCAUUUCUAAACCUUCAUGCACUUUUUCAAAGUCACAACUCAAGAUUAUUAAAAACUUUGAAAGAAAUACAUCAUCAUUAACUCCGACAUCCAAAUCAAAGUUUUCUCAACGCCGUGAUGCGUUAGUCUGUAAUAAACUCGCAAAGCCUCCAAUAAGUAGUGGAAUACCGCCAAAUGUCCAGAAUAAUAUCCAGUCACAUCCCAAUUCCGAAACGGCUGAAGUAGUAAAUCAACAACAAGAGGUGCACAAACACACCUCGCCACCUAAAAGACAACGCCUUGAAAAAGUGAACGAUGCAAACGAUCCUCAUACAAGCGAAGAAAGAAUUGAAGAACUUUACAAUGGCGUUCAGAUGCAAUACCACACCAACAUCCAGGCAACUACUAUGCCUAUACCAUUAAACUUGACUGUUCAUACCGGUCCAGAGGUACCACCGAAACUUGCAAAUACACCUUCUGGAUUAGGAAGAGAACAGCAAAACAAUGGGACUUAUUCUUUUGCAAUGAAACUAACUCAAAAUAAUACUGAAGACUUCUUCGAGUCUUUAAAGCUUGAUAAUAUAAGAUUAAGAAAAAAACAUCUAACAUAUUUAGAGUCUGAAUACCGCAAUAAUGUAGACGGCAUAACGUACUCUGAAGCUAUGCAAGAAUUGAAAAAAGAAGUAAAUAUACUCAAGCAAAGCAUAGAACGUUCAGAACGAAUCAGGUUAGAUAUUGCAGAGACAAAAGCGAUCCUGAGAUUAGGAAAAUACAUCUGUAAAAAAUGUAAAAGAGGAUAUGAAAAACCAGGAAAUAUUUUCAAUCAUAUAUUAGCUUCUCAUCCAGAAAUCGUCGAAGAAUAUAAACUUGCUCAAAUGAAUCAUACAGCGAGUACAGUAAUAGAUGAUGGAGCAUCUUCGUUGUCAUCCCACUCGCAUAGCAUUCACAGCCAUAUUACUUUGAUGGAUAGCACCGUAUCGCCACAACGAGUAGCCAACGCUGCUUUCAAUUUACAGAAAGAAAACAGUAACCAAACACAAACCGAAAGAAAUCCAGCAAGGAAAAACAUUUCAAGUAGACGUAACGUAAAUACACGACCUGAGCAUGCACUGGCCAAGACUACAAAUCCGCGAAUGUACUUACAAACUACCGCUGAAAUCAUGCCGGACAAUCCGUUAUGGAAAAGGAUUGAAAUAAAUUUUGUACCGCGAAAACCGGUUGACUUUCUUGGACAUAAGUCCUUCGAAUUAUUUGAGAAAAAUGAAAGAAUGAUAAGAAAUUGGAUGAAAAAGAGCAGAUCCAAUAAUCUUACCACUCGUACGAACAAAAAUAUAAAUAUCACUCCUCGAGUAGUUUCUGGUAAAAAUACGACUUUUCAUGAUGGCAGUGUCCAAAUAAAUAAAUAUUACUUAGAUUUACUUUAUAACAAAGCCGAGUUAGAGCAAAUUAAUCAUUGUUACGCAAAUAAAAAAAUCAUGGAUCUUUGCGAGAGUUGCUUAAACAAAUUAGUUGAGUUUCAGGCAAAGCAGUAUGCAGUGAGCAAAGCUGCUUAUGAUGAGUAUAAGAAAAUAACAGAGAGUAAUUCGUUGAGCAAUGAGAAGAAGAGAAGUAAAAUCAAAAAAAUAAUUAACACGAGGGACGAGUAUAGUCUCAUAAGAGAACGCUUGCAGAGUGUAAACGCAAAAAGAGGCCUUUUUAAACUGAAUGCAGUAGUGGUAAAGUACAACAGAAACUAUUUCGUAUUACUUCAAAAAGCUUUUAAUGAUACAAACAUUCAAGACUAUGUUCAAUUAGAUGAAUCCAACCGACCUGAAUACAAUCUGGGUAUUUAUUGCUCUAAGUUAAUGGAUGACAUUGUUAAUGAAUUUCUCGUGCAAGUUACUGUAAUAUGCAUGAAUUUCGCAUAUCAGAAGCGUCAAGUAACGUUGACUAAGGAGCUUCUAAGUCAAUAUCAAGCAUCGUUCAAAAUGACAAACAAAGAUGCAACGUAUCUUGAACCUUGUUCGCGUAUGGAAUUUUAUUUCGAGAAAAAUUAUAUGAACUUAUUACCCAAGGAUAAGAAUUUAGAAGAAUUAAUUAUUGAUUGUUUACUACGACACUGUUUCGGCGAUAACAAUACGAUGCACGAAAGUUUAGACGAACUUAUAUUUGAGCACCUCAAGUCACCACAGCCGAUAUUUAAAUUUCUAAUGUAUAUGAAGUUCACAACGCCUUAUUUGAAAAUGAUCACGGUUUUAUUGUUACUGUUUUUAUUCCAGCUUUCGGUUGAAGUACUUAAAUUGAAAAAAGAAAAAAAAAAUAAAUGUUUGGUGACUUUCGAAGAAUUGAUAGAGGCAUGCGAGAUAGUAGGGGUUUUCGGUUCCAGUUACCUACAUAAUCUAAAAAAAUCAUAUACACAAUACUUUGAAGCUUUUGUACUGCAAUCAUGAAAGUAAUAAUAAAUAUGUACUGUAUG